AUGGCCAGCGCACCACAACAGGCUACGCAGAAUCUGCUGGCCAGAGCGCAUUCCCCCGACAGCGUGAAUCGUAUAUACUCGGAAAAGAUCCAGCACCGCUCGCUCAUCCUGCGACCAACCUCUCCUCCACCUUCAACAAUCAACGCGCGCGCCGCACGUCGGAAGGCUCGUCAAGAUAAAAAGGAAAAGCAAAAGCAGAAACCCAAGCCACUAUCGUCUCGAGAGAAGCGAAGCUUAGGCCUUCAUGACAUACCUAAGGAUGGCCAAAAAUACCACAUCUAUGAGCCUUUGAGUCAAAUGUGGCUUGGAUAUGCUCGAGAGCUACUUGGGAACGAUCUUUCGACUGGAGGGCCCAGCGCAGCAGCGAAACUAGCCAGCGCUGAGUUCCAUGGUGCUCCCAUCCAGGUUGUUCGAAGCCAUUGCCCGAGUCGAGUUGGCAUUUCAGGUGUUGUCGUCCGCGAUCGCAAGUUUGUCUUCGAGAUUAUCACCAAGAAAAGAGGAGUGAAGGUUGUUCCCAAGGAAGGCACUAUUUUUCGAGUCGAAAUAACGAUCGAUAACGGAGCCUCUGGUGAGAGCGGGCCGAACAAAAAGUUUGCUUGCGAGGUUCUCGGAGAUCAGAUGAUGCUAAGGGCAGCAGAUCGCGCCAAUAGAAAGUUCAAAGCACACUUUCUGUCAAAUAUUUAA